AUGCAUCAUUUAAAACGCUUGGGGGCGGGCGGAGGAGGCCGGGCCCGGCGCCCCGCAAGCCGGGACGCUGCCGCCGCCGCCACCGCAGUCGAGGGUCGCGACCCGGCGCUCUCGGGGGCAAGCGUGCGGGGUCGCAGCGGCACAAAGGCGGACGAGCGCGGGGGCGUCGGGCGCGCAGAUCUACCGCCACCCCCGGGGGUCCGCGAUCCCUGGCUCCGCGCCCCCUUCUCCCCAAUCCCAGCCCCGCGCCCCUCCUCCCACACUCAGUCAGGCCCGGCGGGGGACCCCCCCUUUCCCGUCCAGGCCGCCGCCCCCUCCUCCUCCUCCGCGUCCAGCCCGAGCCAGCGGCCGCCUCGCAUCUGCCCCGGGGCCUCCGGCCACAGACGCCCGGCCGGGCGGCCCCGGGCACGCGGAGGCCAAGCCCCCGCACCUCCCGGCCCCGGCAGCCCGCGCCCGGCACGGCCUCGUCCGGCCUCUGCACCCCGCGCGGCCCCUCUCCGCACCCUUGGGCCCGCCCGCCUACCCCGCACACGCGGGACCCGGCACCCUCGCCCCUCCACCGGCUCAGUCACUCACCGGGCCGGCUGGUCUGGGUCCCGCAGAGAAGGGGGGUUGUCUACACCGCCAGCGCCUGGCCACCACCGCCGCCGCCGCGCCCGCUGUAGGUCCCUACUCGGGGGGCGGAGCCCGGCGACGCCGCGCGUGCGCAGUGCGGGUGGAGGCCCGUCCGGAGCGCACCCGGCGCCCGAGGUCCCUAAGGCUGCGUCCUCCCCAGCCGGCUCUCAGAUCUUUGCCGAGCACCCCCGGGGCUCCUGA